AUGGAGCAUCCCGACAUUGUCAGCCAUGACUCAGAUGGCUCGGGAUCCUCGGAUGAGUUCCCCCCUCAAUACCCUUUGAGGGCCAAUUCAUCCUUCGGUGAGCCCUUUAUCGACGGGGCUCAGGUCCAGACUCCGGCCACGACCAUCACAUCCUCCCCUCCCUCACACGCCUCGAGCCUGGGCUCCUCAUGGUCCAGUACUCCAACUGCCCGGCCACGAGGGGCUAGUGUUGGAGCCUCUGCUGUCCUUGACAAAGCUGACAUGGCCGGUGAUCCGCGCCUUCAACGCCCGUCGGCUCCCGCAAGAACUCCCUCCAAUACGUAUGCCCCCCAACGCCGUCCACCGCAGUACAUCAGUCUCCAGAGCGACCGGCAACGAUCCUCCUCUACGAAAAGGGGUACUCGACGCGAUCCAAACGCGCAGUAUCGCGCCCAGGAAAAGGCUUACGUUCAGCGCAUUCGGGCCAAUCCGCAGGCCUGGUACCACCACUUUGACGACUCGCAAUCCGCCAACAUGAUGGUGGCAGAUGCAGAUCUUGAGGACCCCUCGCCCUCCUCGGAGGUGCCCUUUGAUGACGAUUCUUACGACCCCGAUACCCAAUUAUUUCUCCCCGAUGACAAUAUGCCGACGAUAGAAGAAUUGAAGCACCCAAAGAAUCAGGAACGGUUGGAGUGGCAUUCAAUGCUGGCUUCCGUGCUAAAGGGAGAUGUCGUUAGACAAGAGAAACAACGGUUGAUCGACUCGACGGAAUCAAAGCGCUCGGCUGCCCUAGGUCAUGCGCUCUGGAUAGGUGUACGAGCGAGAACUUGUGGACGAAGCAUUGCCCUGCAGCGGAAGCUCAUUGAGGAUUCCAGGGCACAGCUUGGCCCUUUGAUUGAAGAGAUCAUCAACUUCCAGAUCAAGGGUGAAACUGAAAUCGGCAAGCCGCCCAGAAAACAGGUGGAGGAUGUUGUAGCGAAGGUUGAGAAAUGCGAGGUUCUCUAUUCUACCUCCAAGGAAAUGGAAGCCGCGAAUCCUCGUACCGCCUCGGAGGAAUUCUAUUCUAGCCGUGCAGCCAUCUUUGCUUGGCAUAAUAUCACAGCUCUCAUCAACACUGAACUGGCCGUCUUGCAAAGCUGGGUCGGUAACGAUGCGCUGGAUUUCAGCCAGCCCAGAAAGAAACACGAAAACAGCGAGCUCUCCGAGGACUCCUCUUUCUUGGAUCGCAUCAUGAAGGAAGACGGUCUGAAGACGCUUCAAGGGGACCAUAGCAUGCUGAAUGGACUUGGUAGAGUCAUUCAGAAGGCAAAAGGCACGUUGAUUGAGAAUGCGCAGGCCUUUGCUGCCCGCCAUUUACCGCCAUACAUUGAAGAGCUCUUGACUCUGAUCAACUUCCCGUCGCGGCUGAUUCAAGAGAUUAUUCGCGUUCGACUGUCUUACGCGAAGAAUAUGAAGGACCCUGCCCAGCAAUCUCCCAUCUUGGUGGAUCAAAUGAUUUCACAGUUCCAGAUCUUGAUGCGGGUGGCUACGCAAAUCAAACAACGUUACCUGGAAAUCUCGCGGCCGGAACCCGGCUGGGAUCUUCCGCCCUGCGUUGACGAGAACUUUGAUUCUGUGGUUUUGGAUGCGAUGAAGUACUAUUUCCGGAUAUUGAACUGGAAGUUGAACGCGAACAAGAACACGUUCAAGGAAGCUGAAAUUCUUGAACAAGAGUGGGAGUUUUCUUAUGUUAUUGGCCGACAAAUUGAGAACGGCGAUAUUGAGGUGGCUGAACAAUUCAGUGCUUUGACUGCGAAGUCACUUCAGCGGCUCAUGAUCCACUUCGAGCGCGAGCUCGUACCGAGACAUAACGAGAGCGUUGCGGAUAUGGACAAGCGUUACAAGAGCAUAUUGGAUUCAACACGUAUUCGCCAGCGGAAAUUGUACCGAUUCUCAAAGUUCCUCUGUCAACUCUUCGAAAACGCUACCGAAUACAACCUGACGACCGACAUCGCUUACGAAUUCUUCGAGGCGCUACUCGUCUCCGAUCACUUCCUUGUCACAUCGCCCACCUCCGUUGGUCAGAAGGGAGUCUACCUGAUUGCACACCAUUCGCUGUGGAACCGACCCGCUGAUAUCCAAGCAAUCCUUGCCACCUCAUUCCGAGAAGAUGAGUCCACAAAGGACGGACCACAUAUUCCGUACGUGUUGGUCAUUCGCCCUGAAAAGCCAUUGGCAUGGGCUGGCAAAGAGAUGAAGAUUGAUUUCUUGGAGCAACCGACCGAUGUGCGUCUUGGAAAGCUGCGGCUUGUCGUCGAGGGCAUGCAGGAGCGACUGCAGAAUGCCCGGAUGGAGUUGGCCCAGCUCACGGGCAUCCAGCUCGAUAUGGCGAUCGAACAGCGCGCCAAUUUGGGCCGUGUGAACGUGGAGUUGAACAAGAUUAAGAAAAUCUCUUUCAAACUGUCCAUGGCUAUUAUGGAUAGCGUGGCAGUAAUCAAGGACCAACUGCGGGAGAAAACGUGGGAGAACAACGACUUGAUUCAGGCUUGCUAUGCAUUUGCAACUGAAUUUGGUAAGCGUUCAUCUAACUAUGUUGACUCCAACCGACGUGCUAUGAACAGUGCCCGUCUAGUCGAGCUGUCUCUAGACUGGGUUUCCUUCAUUUGUGAUGAGUGCGAUGCUGCGGAUCGGAAGACCUUCAAGUGGGCGGUGGCGGCUCUGGAGUUCGCAAUGGCCAUCACCUCCAGCCGACACCUGCUAUCCAUGGACGAGGAAGAGUUUGGCCGUCUGCGGUCGAAGGUGGCGGGCUGCAUGUCCCUGCUGAUCUCUCACUUUGAUAUCAUGGGUGCUCGUUCUUCUCUUGCUGCGCAGGCUGAGAAACAGCGCAUGGAGGAGCGCGCCGGCUAUCGCAAGGUCGGUGCCGGUCGCAUACUGAGCGAUGAUGAAGCUUCAAAGCUGAUCCGCGAACAAUGGCUUGCUCGAGUGGCGGAUAUCGAGGACCGCAGAGCUGACGCCAAACAGCAGGCACUCGGUAGGGUCCUCGAGAGCUCCAACGAGGCCGACCGCUCUCUGACGGUACUCUCAUCCUCUGCCACGAACGUCACUUUGCGUUGGCAGCAGGGCCAGUUCAUUGGUGGAGGUACUUUCGGCUCUGUCUACGUGGCUAUCAACCUGGACAGCAAUUACCUGAUGGCUGUCAAGGAGAUCCGUCUGCAGGAUCCCCAGCUCAUCCCCAAAAUUGCACAGCAAAUUCGCGAUGAAAUGGGUGUUCUGGAAGUUUUGGAUCAUCCCAAUAUCGUCUCUUAUCACGGUAUUGAAGUGCAUCGUGACAAGGUGUACAUCUUCAUGGAGUACUGCUCGGGCGGCUCACUUGCCAGCUUGUUGGAGCACGGCCGCAUCGAAGAUGAAACAGUCAUCAUGGUUUAUGCUCUUCAACUUCUCGAGGGUUUGGCCUAUCUCCACCAAGCAGGUAUUGUUCACCGCGACAUCAAACCUGAGAAUAUCCUGCUGGAUCACAACGGAAUUAUCAAAUACGUUGAUUUCGGUGCUGCAAAGAUCAUCGCCCGGUCGGGUCGUACAGUAGCCCCCAUGGACGGUCCCAACGGCGGCAUUCUCGGAAAGGAUGCUCAAAUAGCCACCCAGCGGGGUAAGAACCAGAAGACCACCACGGGUACUCCGAUGUACAUGUCUCCCGAGGUCAUUCGCGGUGACUCACCCGACCUGGUGAAUCGACAAGGCGCCGUUGAUAUCUGGUCCUUGGGAUGUGUUAUCCUGGAAAUGGCGACCGGUCGCCGUCCCUGGUCUACCCUUGACAAUGAAUGGGCGAUCAUGUACAACAUCGCACAGGGUAACCAGCCAGCUCUACCCACGCAAGACCAACUCAGCGACACAGGAAUCGACUUUGUGCGCCGCUGCUUCGAGUGCGACCCCUUGCGGCGACCUACUGCCGCCGAACUACUCCAACACGAAUGGAUCGUCUCAAUUCGUCAGCAAGUCGUCCUCGAACCUGCAACGCCCAGUAGCGAGAGCGGUAGCUACACCAGUUCAAGCUCUAUUAGUCGCCAGGGCUCGACCUAUGCCUGA